AUGAUGUGGGGGAAGUUGAUCUUUUUCACCACUUUUGCGAUCGUACAAGCCGCGCGCCCGCAUGGUUUAACCAACGAUGCUGCUGCCUUCGCAUCACAAUCAUUUGACUUCCUUAUUGUUGGUGGUGGGACGGCGGGUUUGACUAUAGCGACAAGACUUUCUGAAGUUUCCUCCGUUACCGUGGGGGUCAUCGAAGCUGGUCAAUCCUUCCCUGAUGAGCCGCUGGUGAACACACCAUUCUUAUUUGGUAGGGUUCUUGGUAAUUCCAGCUUCGAUUGGAACUUUGCCAGUGUUCCCCAAACCCGUCUUGGCAAUCGAGUCGUUGGUUUCCCCAGAGGCAAGAUGCUAGGCGGCUCGAGUGGCGUGAAUUUCAUGGUCUUCGGCCGUGGGUCGAGCGACGAAUACAACGCUUGGGCUAGCUUAGGCAACCCCGGCUGGGACUGGAACGGUCUGAUGUCCUAUUUCAAGAAAUCCGAAACAGUUUCACCAGGAGAUGCGAACGUAUUGCCGGGCGCAUCUACUGCCCCGGGCUUGAAUACGAACUUCGCGGGUAACAAUGGGCCCCUCAAGAUUGGAUUUAACACCAAGGAGACGCUUCUGUUACCUGAUCUCGCAGCGAAAUUUGCCACCAGCUUCACGAGCGUUGGUGCAUUUGUAAAUCCGGACCCGGACUCGGGCAACGCAACAGGCAUCUUCCAGUCACCCCGCUCGGUCGAUCCUAAGGGCGUCAGGUCGUACUCCGCCUCUGCUUACUUUUCGCAGGCGCAGUCGCGGUCGAAUCUUUUGGUUCUCACUGGUGCAGAGGCUACAAAGAUUCUGCUUACCAAGUAUGGGAACAAUCUCGUCGCUACAGGGGUCACUUUCACCUCCGGCGGGAAGUCGUUGACGGCGAAGGCCAACAAAGAGGUGAUCCUGUCGACCGGUUCCAUCAAGACCCCACAGCUGCUGGAACUCUCUGGCAUCGGCCAAAAGGCGUUGCUUACGAAACUGAAAAUCCCCGUCUUACAGGACUUGCCGGGGGUUGGCGAGAACUUCCAGGAUCACAUGUUGAUUUCGCAAGACUUUCUUUUGAAAGAGCCCGCCCCAUUCACUUGGGACCAAGUCGUUAACAACGCAACGUUCAAUGAUGAACAGCUUGCUCUAUAUGCUAAGACAGGCUCUGGGAUAUACGCUGCAUCGGGCGGAAUAUUCUCAUUCGAGCCCCUCCAGGCUGUUCUUCCCAAAAGCCAAGUGACGACAAUUCUUGCUCAACUCGACAAGGAGAUAAAGUCGACCAAAGUAACUGCUCUGCAGGCGGCGCAAUACCCGAUUCAGCGGAAGUUGAUUGCAGAUGGACGUGUUGGCCAGAUCGAGUUUUCUUUCCUUCCAGGCGGCCCCACUAUUGCGAACAGAUUGCCGAGCAGGAGCUACGUCAGUAUGACUGCUCUAUCAUCCCGCCCAUUCAGCCGUGGCUCAGUGCACAUCAACUCUACCACCCCAACAGCGCCCCCAAUCAUCGAUCCCAACUAUUUCGCUUUCACGUUCGAUUCACAACUCUUGACUUCCGGGUUGCAAAUCAUUCGCAGGAUCGCAGCGGCUGAGCCUCUGGCUUCACUAAUCGAGGCCCCUUCAACUCCUCCGGAGAACGCGGCUGACGAUGGGUUCGCGAGCUUCGCUAAACAGGCUUCUGGGUCCGUUUUCCAUCCUUGCGGUACCGCGGCCCUAGCCCCCAAGUCCUCAGGAGGUGUCGUCGAUACUAACCUCAAGGUCUAUGGCACCAACAAUCUAAGGAUUGUAGAUGCAAGCGUCAUCCCGCUAGUCUUCGCAGCGCACAUGCAGGCCACGGUCUAUGCCAUUGCAGAGAAGGCCGCCGAUAUCGUCAAGAAAGCCAACAACCUUUAA